AUGAUCCGUCAAGCAACUCAGAGAGAUCCGGUUUUGACACGUGUGAUGGAAAACACAAAGCAAGGGUGGCCAACUGUUAGUGAGAAGGAGCUGGAGCCAUUUCAGAGGAAGAAAGAUGAGCUCACCAUACAGGAUGGCUGCCUUAUGUGGGGCUCACGAGUGGUAAUCCCACCCAAGCACCAGGCAAAACUGUUAGUUGAGCUCCAUGAAGGCCACCUUGGAAUCGUUAAGAUGAAGGCCUUGGCCAGGAGCUGCACGUGGUGGCCAGGGAUGGACAAAGCAAUUGAAGAAGUAGCAAAGGAGUGCACUGGCUGUCAACUUACCCAGAACAACCCUAAGACCGCUCCAUUCCACUCAUGGGAGUGGCCGGUACGACCAUGGCAACGCAUCAACAUUGACUUUGCUUGCCCAUUCUUAGGAACUAUGUUUCUGAUUUUUGUAGAUGCACAUUCUUAA